AUGGGUAAUAGUUAUGAAGUUAUGGUAAAGGAUACUCAGAUUACCCUCACUUACCGGCUCUAUAAGAAUAUAGAAAAAAAUUCUAAAGAAUUUACUGUCGAUAUCCGCAUUAUAGAUAAUAUUGAUGAUUUUAAAAAGAAAAUUUAUGAGAAAGUCAAGGAGAUAAAUGAUUGUUUUCUCGAAAUUGUAGCUG